AGCCAUAAAGCCUAUGCACACUGAACCGGUCGAUCGUAGGUCAACGUCAAUGUACUGAAAUGCGUUGUGGGAUAAGUGACCACACGGAUACGCAGUAAAAGUGUGCAGAAGAGUUAAAUACGCUGGAGAAACAUCAUGGCAAACAGCGUCACUCAAGAGUACAUGCAGAUCCCAGCCGUCACGCGAGCUUAUACCACUGCAUGCGUCCUGACAACUGCAGCUGUGCAAUUGGAGCUCAUCACACCGUUUCAACUCUAUUUUAACCCUGACUUGAUUUUAAAGAAAUACCAGAUAUGGCGACUGAUCACAAACUUCUUGUUUUUUGGACCUCUUGGAUUCAGCUUCUUGUUCAACAUGAUUUUUCUAUAUCGUUACUGUCGAAUGCUGGAGGAAGGCUCCUUCCGCGGUCGAACGGCAGAUUUUGUCUAUAUGUUCCUGUUCGGUGGUGUUCUCAUGACUCUUUUUGGUCUAUUUGCCAACCUGUUCUUUUUAGGACAGGCUUUCACUAUCAUGCUGGUUUAUAUCUGGAGUAGAAGGAACCCUUAUAUCCGCAUGAACUUCUUCGGCCUGCUCAACUUCCAGGCCCCAUUCCUUCCCUGGGUGCUCAUGGGAUUCUCACUGUUACUGGGCAACUCCAUUGUUAUUGAUCUUUUGGGGAUUGGUGUAGGACACAUCUACUACUUCCUGGAGGAUGUAUUUCCUAACCAGCCCGGAGGCAGAAAGCUUCUUGCCACUCCAGGAAUUUUUCGUGUUUUGUUUGACAUGCCUCAAGAAGAUCCGAAUUAUGCCCCUCUUCCAGAAGACCAGAGUGGGAUAUCCCGGAAUGGACAAGGGUGAUGCUUUAGCACACGGUCCACUGUGGAUCCAGGAAAGCCGGAGACUAUGGCCACCUCAGUGCCUUUGUGUACACAAUAAAUGAAUCCAAAUUUUGCAUUCAGUGCCAUGCAUGUCACAAACAAGUUUUCCUUUGUUAUUUUUGUUCUGGAAGAACAAUGCCUUUCUGUUUUACUUCACACCACAGGGUUCGAAACAAUUGCCAUUUUCUCGAAGACUUGCAUUUACUGAAUUUUACAAAGUAGUGGUGGAUGGAAGGAUUGGAGUUGAAAGAGAAGCCAGAUUCAAUCUCCCAAAAUAUAAUCCAUAAUUUGGGAGGGUGUGCGAACUCCACAAGAGGGCAUUUUCCUGGGUACAAUACAGUGCCGUAUCUCUUUCUAGUCAACAGAGUCAGCAUUGAGGCAGUUGGA